CCCGCCCUGGUCGCCGAGCCGGGAGCAGCCCGGCCGGCACCGAGCGCAGCACAGCACGGCGCGGGCAGCGGAAGCCGAGGAGCGCGCAGCCGGCCAUGGGCAAGUCAGCUUCCAAACAGUUUAACAAUGAGGUCCUGAAGGCCCACAAUGAGUACCGACAGCAGCACGGCGUCCCCCCACUCAAGCUCUGCCAGAAGCUCAACCGAGAGGCCCAGCAGUAUUCUGAAGCCCUGGCCAGCACGAGGAUCCUCAAGCACAGCCCAGAGUCCAGUCGUGGCCAGUGUGGGGAGAACCUCGCGUGGGCGUCCUACGAUCAGACAGGAAAGGAGGUGGCCGAUAGAUGGUACAGUGAAAUCAAGAACUACAACUUCCAGCAGCCUGGCUUCACCUCAGGGACCGGACACUUCACAGCCAUGGUGUGGAAGAAUACAAAGAAGAUGGGGGUGGGGAAGGCAUCUGCGAGUGACGGGUCCUCCUUUGUGGUGGCUAGAUACUUUCCAGCAGGGAAUGUUGUCAACCAGGGCUUCUUUGAAGAAAAUGUUCUGCCUCCAAAGAAGUAACUUGUCAAACAUAACAGGAAGGUGCGAGACUGCGACCAUGGAGCAGAAGUGCCCGAGAACAGUGAGAGCCCAGCCACGUGUCUGUCCCCGCGGAUGUAUGUGCCUGCGUGUGUGUACGUGUGGGCGUCUCCCGUGCACACACUGGGCAUGCAGCUCGAUAUUAAAGGAAUGACUAGCAUCUGAAGCCUCUACCCGGAGGGUUAUCCAGACCACAGUUAUUUGGAUUUGGGGAGGGUAUCAGUUUUUAAAUUUUUUAAUUAUUUUUAAAAGCAUUCUUCUUUUGUACCUUUUUUACUUCUAAUACUCAUCCUUGGACAUUUCGUAUUCCAAACAGCUGUGAUCGCAAGGUGUGAAUUUAUGUGAUCUUCAUGCAUUGUAUCUACUUUUGCUAAACAUUUGAAUAUUUAACCCUCAUUUCAGUGUGACAUAGCUUUAAACAUAAUAUAAAGCAGCUGGCAUAAAAAAAAAAAAAAAAAAUGGAGCAGCCCAGGGCUCCAUUUCAUAGAAUCAUUGAGAUUUCUCAGUUGUAAGACAUGAUGUCAUCCUGCGUGCCUCCUGAGAUCCCCUGAUGGGAUUGCCAAAGAACAAAUGGAGAAAAUAGCUCUACUUUCUUGUUUUUUUCAGCCUUUAAGUACCAACCUAGUACCAGCACCACCCUUGCCACCCCACACACCCUUUUUUCUUGAACCUUUCUUCAUUUCAGAGCUCAGUGUGGGAGUUCUACUGGGGAGUUCUGAUAAGCCUGAAAUGCCUUUCCCGCCCUUGCUGAGUGGCCAGCCUGAUCUGGGAGGGAGCCCCCACAAUGCCUGGGCUCUGGGCCAGGCGGCCUUGGGUGGAUGAAAUCAGUAGUAUGGGGAUGGAGUGAGCUCAGGCAGGGGCCCUGUAGAAAACCCAGCAGCCUCUGCCCUCCCCCCCACACAGGGCAAAAGCAAGCCAGUUCCUGGCAGCUGUAGCUGCAGCUGUGCUGCUGCUCCCUCCAGGAAUCUGUGACAAGCCCAAAUGUUCCAGGGAGGUGGCCCAGGCAGGGGGCUUAGAAGCCCUAAUUUGGCUCUGGGUUUUGCCUCAAACUACAGAGUUGCCCUGAAUAGCAGUUUUACAAGGUCUGUAUGGGAGGGGGCCACUCAGAUGCCCCAGCUGAGCAUCCUGAAAAUUAAGAUAUGUGUAUCUGCCAAGGUAGCAGGGGCCCAGGGGAGGGCGGCUGGCUGGCCUGAAGUCUGGGCCAGUCAGGCUUUGAAUCAAGUUUUGAAGGUCUUGGUACAAUGUGAACACAGUCAAAUGCUGUAUCCCUCAUCCAGGGCAUACUACCAAUAAAAUCUUUUUCUUUUGUGUAAUAUC